GCCCCGGAAGUGCUCGUGCGGCUGGUGACACGUCGCAGGGCGGCGGGUGCGGGGCUGGUCCCGGGGGCCGCAGACACCCGCCAUGUCCGGGUUCGACAGCUUCAGCACAGACUUCUUCCAGACCAGCUACAGCAUCGAUGACCAGCCCCCGGCCUAUGAUUACAGCGGCAGCGCGUACAGCAAGUAACUCCUGCGUGCCCUGGGUGGUGUAACGGGGGCGGCUGGGGAGCCGCUCGGUCGAGCUUCUUCAGCGCCCGAGCUCAGAUCCUUGUGGGACGGCAGUAUGGAGGCUAUGAGUACUCUCAGCAGAGCGGAUUUGUCCCCCCGGACAUGAUGCAGCAGCAGCCGUACACAGGGCAGAUCUACCAGCCGACACAGACCUACACUCCAACUUCAGCACAGUCUUUUUAUGGAAGCAGUUUUGAGGAUGAGCCUCCUCUGUUAGAAGAAUUGGGGAUCAAUUUUGACCACAUCUGGCAGAAGACACUAACGGUGCUACACCCAUUGAAAGUAGCAGACGGCAGCAUCAUGAAUGAGACCGACUUGGCUGGACCAAUGGUCUUCUGUCUGGCUUUUGGAGCCACGUUAUUACUGGCUGGUAAGAUGCAGUUUGGUUACGUGUAUGGAAUAAGUGCAAUCGGCUGCUUAGGGAUGUUCUGUCUCCUGAACCUCAUGAGCAUGACAGGCGUCUCCUUCGGCUGCGUCGCCAGCGUCCUCGGAUACUGUCUCCUUCCCAUGAUCCUGCUUUCCACUUCUGCAAUUGUCUUCUCCUUGCAGGGAAUGAUAGGGAUUCUUCUCACGGCUGGAAUCAUUGGCUGGUGCAGUUUUUCUGCUUCCAAGAUCUUUAUUUCUGCCCUGGCGAUGGAGGGACAGCAGCUGCUGGUGGCGUACCCCUGCGCUUUGCUGUACGGCGUCUUCGCGCUCAUUUCUGUGUUUUGAACAGACUGUCCAAACCGUUGGACUCCAGUGGGCCAAAAAAGCGUCAACUUGGAACGUUGAAUCGGACCAGAAACGGCUGCAAACAACUGUGUAGUGUCACCGCCGCGAAACUGAGACCAGGGCUGAAUCGUCUGAGCAAUGGAAACAAGUGUCUCUUGUUCACUUUUGUAGGACUUUGAAUACUGUUUUCAAUUGACCUGAGGUGUCUAUAGCUUUAAUAAGUGUUCACGCUUACCAAGUUAAUGUACUUUCCUUCCCAUUCCUCUGUCUUUAGAAAAGUAACUUUUGGUUGUUAUUUGAGGACUGGGGAUUCUUAUUUGUUUUGCUUUGUUUUCUUCUGUUUGUUUUUGGUAGGGGGGCGGGGCAGGGGGCGGGGCUGCAGUUACACAGAGUUUCAUCAGAAAAAGUUACCAGUUAAAUCACUGCAGAUGAAGUAGAUCUGGGGUUUUCUCUGAAUCGAUCUGCAGUUGAAAAGAACAUAUUUCCCGCCCCCUCUUAGCAAAAGCAAAACGCGCCAAUGGCCACAAGCAAUUAGAGUAUUUUCUAUAUUUCAACAAAUAUACUCUUAAGCUAUUCGGUCUCAUUUAUUUGUUCGUUUGAUGUGAUAAUACUUCAGGAUUUAAGGUACUCAAAUUAUGAAUUAGAAAACAGAUACUUCAAGGGAUCUGUAAUUCUGUCACACUUGGAGUUUGCCCGCGUUUGGCUGCCUGGGUGGCUGCGUGUUAACCUGGCUUUCUGAAGGUGACUCCAGGUGGAGUUCCUCUCCCGGUGGUGCGUACGCUGGCAGGUGAGCAGUGAUCUCUUCUGCAGUUCUUCCCACAAAAACACCGUUUUGAAAAUGUUAUGCUUGUCAGUAUUGUAGUUACUGUAAAAUAAUUUAAGGCAUAUUGAUUAAAUUUCCUGAAAUUUUGAAAAA